GUUACUUUGGUUCAAAUGGUUCCAAUUUCUUCUUCUCAAGAUGAUUAUGUUCUCACUCCUGAAGAUCUUCCAAGUUCAUCUCCUUUGUUAAUUUAUACCGCUACCGUGGUACCCAUUUCAUAUAUUCCUGAUAAUCAAGGUGGACGAGAAAGUUUUGUAAUGGCGAGAUGGUUAUAUAACAGGGUCACUAAUAAUAAAAAUGUUGAGUCAAAAACAGUCAUGUCUGUCAUAGAGCGUUUGAAAAUUGGAUCAAAAAAACUUCCCUAUAUUCUCGCUUCUAACAUUGAAUGGACAUAUGUUUCUAGUGAUUUCCAGCCCUCAAGUACUACAAGUAACACAAGAGUAACUUCAGAAGUUGAACUUGAUGUACAUCUUGACAGUAUUGAAGAAAAGUAUGCUACGCUAACAUCCCAACUCCCACAAAAAAAACCGAGAAUUAAUCUGCAUAACCCAUUGGAUAAUAAACAUUUAAAUGAUAAAACCACAUCUCUUAAUUUUGCUGACCUUAUUUUACAAAUCCAAAAAGGGCCUCCUUCUGCUGGAACAACCUAUGCAGAACCCUUCUCGUCAACUGCUAAUUAUGAAGAUGAUACCCUUAUAAAUGAUAAUGAUUCUAUUGAGCCUUCUCAUGUUCAACCUCAGAAUACAAAACCUGAUACUAAAGGUAAACGUGCUCGCACUACAAAAAAAUAA